AUGACAAACUACAAUUCAACACAAGACGAACAAUCAAAUAACACAGAGGAAAGAAGGUUGAAUGAGUCACCUGUCCCUUCCAGUGAAGUGCCUGCUGAUGAUAGAGAAUCAACUCAAUUGGAACUGCAACCUUUGCUAGACCCUGAUGACCCCAGAGUAUCUCCUUUAAAGUUAGAAAGAAUACGAUUAUUAAAAGUUAUUGCCACAGCUUUGGUCUACAUAAACUUGGCACUCUUUGUAGUGUUGUUGGUAAGCCAGUUUUUUGCUAUCCCAGGUUUCAAUAAUCGCGGUAAAUCCUUUUUGGGGCUUGAUUUAGCCUUGGUGAGCUUAUUCAUAAAUUUGACUACCAAUUGGUUUUUUGCAGUCCCUGCUUAUUACGAGAGAAUAUUAGGGUACGUUACGUCCGGGCUUUUAUUUAUUGAUUUCAUUGUUGCGUUGCUUGUAUCGCCUGUUCGACACAGUUUGGGGUUUUUAGAUUUAUCACUUAUUGUCUGGGCGUGCCUCAACUCGUUGUUUAGCUCUUUGAUUGGUUAUUGGGUUGAAGAAGGUAAGCAUUAUCAAGAGAUUCGGUUAACUGGAAGAAUCGAAAAACGUAAAACCAUAAGUGAGCUAGUCAUUAUAUUUUUCAAGGUCUUGGGUGAGAUUGUAAUACUAUGGAUAGUUUGGUGUAUUAGCUUGACAUUGUGGAUAAACUGUUUUGACACCCACGAACAGCCAUGGGGUAAAUUAGUUCCAGUUAACAAUAGCCAGUUCCGAGUACAUCUAGCGUGUUUUGGCGACGUUCAUGCCAAAUCAGACCAGCCAAUUGUCCUUGUUGAAGGAGGGCAAUCAACCUCAAGCGAGGCUUUUCAAGAAUGGAUCGAGGAGUUGCACCAUUUGAACAAAGUUGAAAGGUAUUGUAUCUGGGAUCGACCAGGCUAUGGGUUUUCUGAUUCAGCCCCUCCACCAGAGUCUUUGGGGAUUGUCACAGAAUACUUGACGGAAGCGUUGAGAAAGGAAAAGAUCGAAGGUCCAUUUGCCGUUGUUGGAUUCGAUAUUGGUGGGUUGUAUGCAAGAAUGUUUGCUAGCAGAAAUAGAGCCAAGAUUCAGUCUAUUCUAUUUGUUGAUAGCUGGUCGCCUGAUUUGUUAAAGAAAUGGCCAUUUAGUGGCAGUGGCAGAAAAAAUGAAAGCACAAAAGUUUUCAAGAAAUCUCUUGAAGUUAUGGACAAUAUAACCGGGUUCAAAUUAUGGUUACGAGGAUUUGUAUCGCCCUUGGGAAUUGUCCCAAACUUACACUGGUUUUUACACCCUAUGCGAUUCUCCAGCAAGAGCAGAGUAUUUGGUCGCGAUAUGGUGUACCUGUCUAAAUAUAUUAGAGCUCGAUGCCAAGAGCAAUUGGUUUCUGGGAUAUUGUCGUACAAUGAAGUUAUGGAUGCCGAUAUCAAUGACUUGAAUGUAGGAGUUAUAUCAUCUGAUUUUAUGAUAAAAAAACUGUUGAACUGGGGGAAAUGGCAAAAUGAAAUCAGCAAACUAAGCAGAAAAACAAGUGAGUGGGUGAUUGCUGAAAAUAGUGAUCAUUUUAUUUGGACCAGUUCAAAAGGUAGAAAGGAGUUACAACAACUAUUAUUAAGACUAAUAGGUGAACAAGAGUAUGUUAGGUAG